AUGACUUCCCAAGUAAAAUCUUAUCUACUCUUAUGCGUUGUCUUGAUCGCAAGUUUAGCUCUACUGUCUAGAGCCACAUCGCGAUCAUUAACUUCUGAAGCUAAUGAUUCCGUGAAUGUUUCUCAAGUAUUUGACAACUGGGUGGAAGAGUAUGGACGCACUUACUCGAGCAGCGAGGAGAAGGCAAAACGUUUUGCUAUGUUCAAGGAGCGGUUUGAAGAUAUAGAAAAGUUCAACCGCCAAGGGAAUCAUACUUUCACAUUAGGCCUCGAUGCAUUCAGUGAUAUGACUUUCGAAGAGUUCUCCACAAUUGAUAUACCAAACCCUAGCUCAAUCUCUUCUUUUAGGUAUCAAGAUUUUAAACUUGAGGAUCUUCCCAAAAGCUGGGACUGGAGGACAGAAGGAGCUGUGACCAAUGUUAAGGAUCAAGGAAAUUGUACUGUGCAGAAACUUAUAGCCUGUAGUAAGCCCUACGGCACCCGUGGCUGUGAAGGAAAUCUUCCGAUUAGAGGAGCUAUGGCUUCGAUUAGAGGAGCUAUGACUUAUGCAAGGGAUUAUGGACUCGUAACUGAAGAAAAGCUUCCUUACAUGUUUGCUGAUGACCAACCAUGCAACAACGAUUUCGAAUCUUUACCUGAUAUGAAGAUAUCUGGUUAUCAAGUUGUGCCGGAGUUUGAUGAAGUUGCUCUGGCCAAGGCUGUUUACCAUCAACCAGUUGUAGUCAUGCAUUCCACAAGCGAAAGGUUUAACACACACAGAAGAGGUAUUUUUAUGGAUGCAGAUGGAGAGUGUGCGAAAGGUAAACUCAGUCACACUAGUACACUCGUUGGCUUCGGUACAACUCCAUUUGGUCAAGAGUAUUGGAUUCUGAAGAAUUCAUGGGGCACCCGUUGGGGUGAACAUGGUUAUAUGAGAAUCAAUCGAAAUUCGAAAAAUAAGCGAGGUACUUGUAACCUGGCAACAUUCCCAGUGUUCCCCACUCUGAGAUGA